CUUCUUUAUAAAUUUUAGAAAACGAGUGUAUUUUAUAAAGUUUAUUCAAAAUGUCUUGUUUUUUUCUUUAAUUGACUUGACGUCGUACUUUAGACUCGAAAAGGGAAGAAGGGAAUAUAGGAAGUCAGCCGGGUGCAAACUCCGAUUAUUUCCUACAGCUAAAAAAACGCAAGAAUAUAUAUAUAAAAGCAGACCAAGGAUCAGAAAAAAAAAAUUCUUUAAAACAUUUCAAUUAUAUCAUGAUCAGAACUAUUACUCAAACCUCUUUACUCAAGACUCUACCUUUGGCUCGUACUGUUGUCUUCCCUUCUCUCACCGCAUGUCGUACGUUGACAACACAUCAGAAGCUAAACAUCAACCCAGAUAUGCCGAUUACCAUGGUCCGAGAAGUCCUUGAUUCAAAGCCGGUGCCCAUGUGUGAAGAAUUUAUUGCAGGAAAUCGAUUGACAACCGAAACACUCGAGAACAUUGAUUUUGGAGAAGGCAAGCAUCGUAAACCAAAGACAUUGGGCGACAAGGGCGCUUAUUAUACUGUCAAGUUUCUGCGAUUGUUACCAGAUACCUAUUUUGGCAAGGAUCACUAUAUGCGUGCUGUCAUGCUCGAGACCAUCGCCGCUGUUCCUGGUAUGGUCGGAGCUAUGCUUCGACAUAUGAAGUCUUUGAGACGAAUGACAGAAGAUCAUGGCUGGAUCAGUCAUUUGUUACAUGAAGCUGAGAAUGAACGUAUGCAUUUGAUGACCUGGAUGAAGUGUCUCAAACCAAGCAUGUGGAAUCGUCUGCUGGUCCUAGGUGCUCAGGGUAUCUUCUUCAAUGCAUAUUUUGCUCUCUAUCUCGUCUCGCCCAAGACGGCCCAUCGUAUGUGUGGAUAUUUAGAAGAAGAGGCUGUUAUUUCGUAUACACAUUUCCUUCAAGAUAUUGAUAAUGGCAUUAUCAAGAAUGGUCCUGCUCCCAAGAUUGCAAUUGAUUAUUACAAUCUGCAUCCGGAAGCUACUAUUCGAGACGUUGUACUUGCUGUUCGUGCAGAUGAAGCUGUUCAUCGUGACGCUAAUCAUUUCCUUUCUGAUCGUAUCGCAGAACGAAAGGAAGAUUUUCUUGAGGACAUAAAAACAGAAGAAUACCUACACAGACCUCAUAACAAUACAACGCCUUCAACCGCAUAAAUAGAAAUAUAAUUCUUUAGAAAUCUUAUUUAUCUUAAUAAAUACUGUAAAUACUUUACUUAUACCAAAUCAUUGCUGUGUGUGUACAAAUGGAGAAGUCGAGUGACUUUGUGUAUAGACCAUUUUAAUUCGUCUAAAUUUC